AUGAAGGAAGAGCGGGAUUACAAACCCAGGGAGAAGCGGGUAACCCUCCUAACGCCCCAAGGGGCCGCGAGCAAUAUCGCUGGGGCUUCAGCCGACUACAGCAAGGGUGAUGAUAAGCAGGACCGGAGCCGGGAAAAGAAAAAAGCGCUGAGCAAGGUAGUGAUUCGCAGGUUACCUCCCACACUGACCAAGGAUCAACUUCUGGAACAUCUUCAGCCUCUGCCUGAACAUGAUUAUUUUGAAUUUUUCUCGAAUGAUACUAGUUUGUACCCUCAUAUGUAUUCGAGAGCGUACAUCAACUUUAAGAACCAAGAAGAUAUUCUCUUGUUCAGGGAUCGCUUUGAUGGCUACGUAUUCCUUGACAAUAAAGGCCAGGAAUAUCCUGCUAUCGUCGAAUUUGCGCCUUUUCAAAAAGCUGCAAAAAAGAAGACGAAGAAAAGAGAUACCAAAGCUGGGACGAUCGAUGAUGACCCAGAAUAUAGAAAAUUUUUGGAGACCUAUGCUGCGGAUAAUGAGAAGAUGGCAUCUACUCUAGAGACUCUACUCGAGGAAAUCGAAGCCAAAAAUAGAGAAUUAACAGCUAAAAGGACAACCCCACUGUUGAGCUUCCUGAAAAACAAGCAGAGAAUGAGAGAAGAAAAAAGAGAAGAGAGGAGGAGGAGAGAGCUGGAGCGCAAAAGGCUCCGAGAAGAAGAGAGACACAAGUGGAAAGAAGAAGAAAAGCGCCAAAGGAAGGAGAUAGAAAAGCUCAAGAAAGUAGAACGGAUUCCAGAGAGGGAGAAGAUAAAGGAAGAACCAAAGAUUAAGUUGCUCAAGAAGCCAGAAAAAGGGGACGACAAGGAAGUGGAGAAAAGAGAGAAGGCCAAGAAGUUGGACAAAGAGAACCUGAGUGACCAAAGGGCCGGCGGGCCUGUUUGUACCUUGGCCAAACGCCCUGAGCUGGAGUUACAAGAGGAAAAGCCUAAGAGAUUCGAAGAGGACUUGAGCAGAGAUUACCGAGACCGUGACCAUGACCGUAACCGUGAUCGGGAUUUUGAGCGUGACCAGGAGCGCAUCCUUCGGGAACGAGAAGGGCUCCGACGACAGGAGGAGGAGCGCCGAAGGCAGAAGGAGCGCUACGACAAGGAGAAGAAGGCCUUGGCCUUUAAAAGGAAGGAAGAGGAGCUGAAGAAAGAAAAGGAAGCUCUGGGAGCCAAAUCCAAGAAGCCCGAAACACCCGAACCAGUGGGCAGUGCAGAAAAAGGGGAGAAGAAAGACGAAGUGGUUAAGAGAGAUCGCAUAAGAAACAAGGAUCGCCCUGCCAUGCAGUUGUACCAGCCAGGAGCUCGAAGCCGCAGUCGUCUUCUUCCUCCCCAGGACACCAACAAGCCCGGAGAUGCAGGAGUAGACAGAAAGCAGGAAAGUGGUAUUAGCCAUAGAAAAAAGGGAGGAGAGGAGUGAUAAG